AUGCUGCUGCUCGACUACCAGAAUGUGCUGAUACAGUCGGUGCUCACGGAGCGCUUUUCUGGAGCCGCACCCGUGUCCAUCGACCAAACCGUCUCCGAUUUCGAUGGCGUCACCUUCCACAUCUCGACUCCCGAAGUCAAGACCAAGAUCCAGGUCUCGAUCCAGAUCCGUUGCUUCCCAGAUCUCCUGCGAUACGGUGCCGAGGAGGUGCUCAACCGCGAGUAUGGGUCUUACGUGGUGCCCCCAGAGCCGGGCUACGAUUUCUCGAUAGUAGUCGACUUGGAGAGCCUACCCGCCGAGCAAGAAGCGCGCGACGAGCUGAUCAAGAAGGUCUCGCUCCUCAAGCGCAACGCCAUGGCAGCCCCGUUCGAGCAAGCCUACCAGGAGCACUACGCGCUCAAGCAAGAAGCGGCCAAGUUCACGUCGGAGGAAGCGCCACAGGGCGUGCGCGAGGGCGGCGAGGUCAAGGCGAUCCACUACCGCGAAGAGGAGGCCAUCUACGUCAAGGCCAGCCACGACCGUGUGACUGUCAUCUUCAGCACCAUCUUCCGCGAGGAGACGGACCGCGUGUUCGGCAAGGUCUUUAUUCAGGAGUUUGUCGACGCCCGCCGGCGGGCUAUCCAGAACGCGCCCCAGGUGCUGUUCCGCAAUGACCCGCCGCUGGAGCUGCAGGGUGUGCCAGGGGUUAAGGAUACGGGGGCGGGGGAGAUUGGUUAUGUUACGUUUGUGCUCUUCCCCCGUCACCUCACUCCGCAGCGGAUGCCGGAUGUCAUUUCGCACAUCCAGACCUUCCGCGACUACUUCCACUAUCACAUCAAGGCGUCCAAGGCCUAUAUCCACUCCCGUAUGAGACGGCGGACAGCAGACUUCCUCCAGGUUCUCCGCAGAGCCAGGCCAGACAGCGAAGAGAAGGAGCGCAAGACGGCGAGCGGGAGGACCUUCAAGGUGGGGAGCUAA